AUGCAUAUAAGUUCACAGCAGAGUCCCAAGAGACAGAAGACCCUUCUGAGCUUGAGCUGUCAGCAGAGAUCAUGAGGAAGAGCCGGAGCGUUUUGGCAGUGACACCUAGUGAUGACAGCAAGGACCUCUCAGGAUGUCCGUCUUCAGGAGCUACGUUGGGUGUGGAUCUCUGGCGAGGUUCCAGACGCCACUCAGGAACCUUUGUGUUGCCGCCGUUGUCAUGGAGACAGGCAGAGAGGGCCCGCAGCCCUCAAGAAGAUCACGUUUCCAGACCCACGUCACUGGGUUUCAUUACUCCACCACGUAUAGAUAUCACACCAGUACCGCCUGAUAGUUUGGAGGUGGAGAAUGGCCCCCCUAUCGGCUGCAGUCCACUGGACCAGCAGGCGUCACCGAGCUCCGGUUUGGUCCUUCAUCCCAACAUGGCCAGUCACGGUCAACGGCGGGAGUCUUUCCUGUACCGCUCGGACAGCGACUACGACCUCUCGCCCAAAUCCACCUCUCGCAACUCCUCCCUUGUUGGAGAACAGCUACACAGUGAAGACCUGAUAGUCACUCCUUUUGCUCAGGUGCUUGCAAGUCUUCGCACUAUUAGGAAUAAUUUCAGAAUCCUGACAAAUGUCCAGUGCCCCUCCAGCAAAAGAUCACCAGUCAGCAGUCAACCGCCGGUGACCAAAGCCAGCCUGUCAGAUGAAUCCUACCAGAAGCUGGCCGUGGAGACCAUGGAGGAGCUAGACUGGUGCCUGGACCAGCUGGAGACCAUCCAGACGUACCGCUCCGUCAGUGACAUGGCCUCCAACAAGUUCAAGAGGAUGUUGAAUCGGGAACUGACACAUCUGUCUGAGAUGAGUCGCUCUGGAAACCAGGUGUCUGAGUUCAUCUCCAACACAUUCUUAGAUAAACAGAAUGAACUGGAGAUCCCAUCGCCCACUCCAAAAUCGCGGGACAGAAAGAGGAGGCAGCAGCAGCUGAUGACUCAGAUCAGCGGGGUGAGGAAGGUCACGCACGGCCCUGGUUUGCCCAGCAGCUGCAGUGCGGCCCGCUUCGGCGUGAAAACAGAUUUGGAGGACUUGCUCUCAAAGGACCUGGAGGACAUUAACAAGUGGGGUCUGAACAUCUUUAACGUUUCAGAGCACUCUCACCAUCGACCGCUGACCUGCAUCAUGUACGCCAUCUUUCAGGAGAGAGAUUUAAUGAAGACAUUUAGGAUCCCAGUGGAGACCUUUGUAACGUACAUGAUGACCCUUGAAGAUCACUACCACGGAGACGUAGCCUAUCACAACAGUCUACACGCGGCUGAUGUGGCCCAGUCCACACACAUCCUGCUUUCCACACCUGCACUGGAUGAGGUCUUUACAGACCUGGAGGUCCUUGCCGCUAUCUUUGCAGCAGCCAUCCAUGACGUGGACCACCCAGGGGUCUCAAACCAGUUCCUAAUUAAUACCAACUCCGAGCUGGCGCUCAUGUACAAUGAUGAGUCUGUUCUGGAGAACCAUCACCUAGCGGUUGGUUUCAAGCUCUUGCAAGGGGAAAACUGUGAUAUCUUCCAAAACCUCUCCAAGAAGCAGCGACAGACUCUCAGGAAAAUGGUCAUUGAUAUGGUACUAGCAACAGACAUGUCCAAGCACAUGAGCUUACUGGCUGACUUGAAGACAAUGGUCGAGACCAAGAAGGUGACCAGUUCAGGAAUGUUGCUACUUGACAACUAUACAGACAGGAUACAGGUCUUACGAAAUAUGGUUCACUGUGCCGAUCUCAGCAAUCCCACCAAGCCAUUAGAUCUGUACCGGCAAUGGACGGACCGCAUUAUGGAAGAGUUCUUUCACCAGGGUGACCGAGAGAGAGAGCGAGGCAUGGAGAUCAGCCCGAUGUGUGACAAACAUACCGCUUCAGUGGAGAAAUCUCAGGUUGGUUUUAUUGAUUACAUCGUGCAUCCACUAUGGGAGACCUGGGCGGACCUGGUGCAUCCAGAUGCACAGGAUAUCUUGGACACUUUAGAAGAGAACAGGAACUGGUACCACAGCAUGAUACCACAGAGUCCCUCCCCUCCCUUCUUUGAAACGGGAACUGAUGGUGGAGACAAGUUUCAGUUCGAGUUGGAGGUUGAGGAAGGAGCCAAGCAGGAUACCGAGAACCUGUUAGAAACAGACUGUGUAGAGAUAGUGACGCAUUCGCCUUCAUCCGUCGAGACGUAGCACUUCACUACAAUGGCUGUCAUGUUGGCCAAAUUUGAUGACCGAGCAAAGUGGAGGAACGUUAUUCUCCUGCUACCUGAGAAUCCCUCAGAAUACCACUGUGUUUUUGGGACUCUGCCGUUGUUUCAGAGCCAAAAAAGGGAGUGAGCCUACACAAUCUAGUUGGAAUUUGCAAGAAUCCAUUCAAGUUGGACAUUGCCAGAAUGGACAGACGGGCAGCCGUACCAAAAGUGCCAUAAACUGGAUUUUCUUAAUCAGACAUUACAGUCUGAUCUGAAUGUUGGAGUGGGUUUCUGUGAAGGAGAAAUGCUGACCCUCUUAUAAGAGGGGUUUGUACUACAUUGUCAAAGUGACUUUUUUGUAAAAAAAAAAACAACAACAAAAACCUACUUUUUUUGUACUUGUGUGUUUUGUGACUUUUUUAUUGUUGGUGUCACAUCCAACUACACAUUUGAAAACAUGAGAAAGGUUGUCAUGCUGAAAGCAAAAGCAUGUAAUUCCCAGUCGUGUAUUGGGAAUGCAGUCUUCCUGAAUUUUGGACAACAGAAUAAU